GCCCGAAGGAAGGAGAGAGUGGAACGUGAAACCAAGUGAGGUGUGAAGUUGACGAGCGUGAGUUAGAUGAAUAAGAUACACUUCCACAUUUUGCGUGAUUUUGCGGCGACGAACAAAAGAAUAGAUUGGAAUUCGCAUAUCCGUCGUAUUUAAUAAUAGAAAUUGCGCAAUGCAAAGGGAGGAGAAACAACAGGACUCGGCCUUAGAAGCCAUAAUAAUGCGAGUGAACGAUCUAAAGAACGCGAUUUCUGCAAUGAUAUUUAAAGUGGAGCAUGAAUACGAGACCUUAAAUUGGCCAAAUUUCCUGGACAAUUUUGCUCUUAUCUCGGGUCAUCUGACCAGCCUCUCAAAAGUUCUCGGACAUGACAAAGCCUUAAAUCUCAGAGGUCUAACAGUUUUACCAUUACGCUUGAGUCCGGAGAAGGAUGAGGAAUUGCUACGACUCACAGAGAAUCGAAUCCCUACAUUCGCGCAUGAUCUGGUCCCGGAUUAUUUGAGAACGAAGUUGGAGCCCCAAGCCGAGCAAAAGAUGAUGCAAUUAGAAGCUAAAGCCGCAAACGUUAACAUCGACACAUCACAUGUAAGAAUUCUAUAUACUGUACACAAAAAGG